CGCUGCCGGCCGUUGUCAAUAAAGUUGUAAAGUUUUGUUGAAGGAAGAUGGCGGCGCCCAGGGACUGAGGUGCCUGAUUGUGCAGAAAAUGAUGACUGUCUUGUGGAAGCUGGGGCUUUGCUCCGCCUGCUUGAAGAAACAUUCUUGUGGCUGGACCAGUUUACUUGGUCAGUACGGAAGGCGGGUGCCGGUACAUGGCAGAAACCUCUCCAAUCAUGCAGAAACAUGGGAAAGAGAAUAUAGAACAGAGACGCGAAAACGUGUCGAGAAACAUUGGCACUCACGACUAAAGGAGCAAUUCCCAGCGAUUUCUGAAAUGGGUAAAUCAAAGCCAAAAUGUUAUGUCCUUUCCAUGUUCCCGUACCCUUCUGGGAAGCUUCAUAUGGGGCAUGUGCGAGUGUACACUAUCAGCGACACAAUGGCUCAUUUCCAGAGAAUGCGUGGAUUUCAGGUCUUGCACCCAAUGGGAUGGGAUGCAUUUGGUUUGCCUGCAGAAAAUGCUGCAAUUGAGCGAGGCCUGGAUCCUGAAGAGUGGACAAGAAGUAAUAUUGCACACAUGAAAGAGCAGCUUCAGAACCUGGGACUAUGUUUUGACUGGCAAAAGGAGGUGACCACCUGUCAUCCCGAUUAUUACAAAUGGACCCAAUCCCUGUUUCUCCAACUGCAUGAAGCUGGCAUGGCUUACCAAAAGGAAGGACUGGUGAACUGGGAUCCAGUGGAUCAGACGGUGUUAGCAGACGAGCAAGUGGAUGAGAAUGGCUGCUCUUGGCGUUCUGGGGCUAAAGUUGAGCAGAGGUACCUCAAGCAGUGGUUUAUUAAGACGACAAACUAUGCAAAGUCCUUGCUGGAUGCCCUGGAAGACCUUCCUGAUUGGUAUGGUGUCAAAGAAAUGCAAGCAAACUGGAUUGGGUCUUGUACUGGAUGCUACUUUGACUUUGAUUUGAAGGUAAAUGGAAAGCACAUUGGUGAAAAGCUCCCCGCAUAUGCCUCUAGCCCAGAAGCAGUCUAUGGUGCAUCCCAUCUCUCUAUCCUACCUAGCCACAGACUUCUGCAAACUGAUAGUUACCUGAGAGACACUCUUCAACAGUAUUUUGUACCUAACAAAG